ACAGCGGUCGAUUGCAAUGCUGUUCCGAGCUUUCCUGGUGAUUCUUGGGCUGUUCGGGUGUAGGGAGAUCCGGGCCGAUUUGCAUCCAGCUCGAUCAGGACUCGAUGAGGGUACCCCAGAGCAGGCUCUAAUGUCGAACGAGCGCGUAUCGCUAGACGACUGUCAUUUGAGGUUCUUCCAUCGCGGAGACCGAGGCUUAGUUGGGCCGGCUUUCGCUAAGCCCGCAUUUCUCACCGAAUUCGCCCACAUUGCGGCGAUCGGGUGGAGCAGGCCCGACAGACCCGAGGAGGUCGACUGGAAAUGUGGAGGAUCGCUGAUUUGGCCCAACUUUAUCCUCACGGCCGCACAUUGUGCCGCUAACGAUGAGAACGUGGCACCGGACGUAGCCCGGAUGGGAGACCUCAAUCUGUACAGUGCCGAAGACGAUGCCCACGCCCAGCAGCUUAGGAUCGUCAAGGUUAUCCGUCACCCGCAGCAUCGGUUCAGUGGGAAGUACUACGACAUCGCGCUGAUGCAGCUGGAGCGGAAUGUCACCAUCCACGAGACAGUGGCCCCAUCGUGUCUGUGGCUCGACGAUGAGGUGCGCUUCAAGGUGCUGGAAUCUGCCGGCUGGGGUCAAACGGGAUUCGGAGAAGAUCAAACACCGAUCCUACUGAAGGUGACACUGAAUCCACUCAGCAACAGUCAGUGCACCCACCAUUACACAUCCAGCAUUCGAGGGCUCCAAGCUGGACUCGAUCGACACCACAUCUGCGCGGGGGACACCAAAAUGGACACCUGUUUGGGCGACUCAGGCGGACCGCUGCACGUGCGGCUGCUGCACAACUACAAGGUGAGCCCGUUCCUGGUAGGUGUCACGUCGUUCGGUAAACCGUGCGGUCAGUCACACCCGGGCGUCUACACCAGAGUGGCGUCGUUCCGCAGCUGGAUACUGGAGACGCUCCAGGCGAACGGGGCACCGGAAGCGACCGACCAGCAGUUCGAGCCGUACGCGUGCGCCCUACGGUACGUCCACAUCCGGCAGCUGGAAAACUCGCGAGUCGUGGCCAACGAGUCCGGUGUGUUCGAAACGUUCGAUGUAGUGAGGAAGUAUAUAGGGCGCGACUUCCUCUCCGAAGUUGCCCAGCUCCGAUGGUCCCGGGACGAGAGCAAACGAAACUGUAUGGGUAGCAUUAUCGAUCACGACACGAUCGUCACGCUCGGCGACUGUGCCCUGCACGGCGGAGUUCAACCCUCACAAGUUGUCCAUCGCGUCCGUACCUACUACGGGGAGGGCGAAUUCGAGGAGCACCGUUUUGACGUGACCGAGGUCCACGUGCAUCCCAACCAUACCCGGGGCUCCUACUACGCCAACAUUGCCGUGGUUAAAGUAAACGGCUCGUUUGCCGUGCUGCCGGCUUGCAUCUGGAACACAAUGAAACUGCCGGCCGAAGAGCUGGAGUUGUUCACCGUCGGUCGGCGCGAUCUGAACGUCUACCAGUAUGAAUCCACCACAAGCUACGAUUCUAGUCGAGUAGCCCUCACACCGCGAGCGUUUGUCUCCGACAACGACAACUGUACUCUGGCCGAGCAAUAUCGCCUCAAGCUGCCGGGAGGGCUCCAGGAUGAGCAUCUGUGCUUCGGUAACGAUCCCUUUCUGGUCCCGGAGGUGUGUGAGCUAACCGAGGGUGGUCCCCUGCAACGAUCGAUCUUUCGCAUGGAUCGUCACUUCAAGCACGUGUACGGGUUGAGCCUGUUCGGACAGGACUGUGGUUUCGGUGAGCCGGCCGUGGCCGUACGGCUUCACGCUCACCUCGGCUGGCUAGAGUCCGUACUGCUGCCACGGAACGACCGAUCUACCGAUCCGGAACCGAACCCGGACACCAUACUGUUCAUCAACCCCGACCUGGAGCUGCUCGAUCGGUGCGACUUUCAGGAUGGUACCGCGGGGCUCUGCACUCCGGCGAACCGUUGCCGAGGAGUGUACGAUCGGAUGCUGCGCCACGAGGAGCUUAUAUUUUGCAGCAACGGCACGGUUGUGUGCUGUGCACCGGCAAACGUCAUGGACGACGAGGAUCUGCGGGACGGUGUGGAGGAGAUUGUCAACUGCGAGAACAACCACAGCCGGCUGCGGCAGGAUCAGACUAAGGUUCCCAACGGAAAUCUUCGCCCAAGGACACACAUCGCGGAGGUCGCAACGAAAAACCGGACGAGCGGUACCACGGAGCUCCUCUGUUUGGGUUAUCUCAUCACAACUGGCCACGUGCUGACGACGGCGGCUUGCGUGACCAUGGAGGGCCGCGAGCCCACCCUGGUGCGUGUGGGUUUCAUUUUUGCCCUCAACAACGAAGACUCCCCGGUAAUGACGUCGAUCGAACGGAUCACGGUCCAUCCUCUGUACAGGCCCCGGACGAGCCCGGGGGCCAACAAUAUUGCGCUUCUCAAGCUGACCGACUACAUUCGACCGACGAGCACCGUCUUUCCUGGGUGCUUGUGGAGAAACGGCACGCACACCCCGCUGAAAUCGACUCUGUUCUCCAUCGAUGGUUGGAACGUCAACGAGGAGACCGUGCACCCUCAGUACGCCAGUGACUGUGAGCGUAGCGUGCGAGAUCCACUGCAGACCGGUGAACUGUGCAUGGUAAACCCUAACGAAGGGUCCAGCUCAUGUGGUGGUCUAAUAUUUUGGUACGGGAAUGAGACCGGGAAGUCGCCGGUCGAGUAUUUGGUUGGCCUUCGGAGUCCCGAUGGCUGCAACGAAAAUGGCCACGUUGUUGCCACCCGCAUAUCGGAUUAUCUGAGGUGGAUACUCGAUCUGGUAUGAACUGUUGGCUGGAACAUCUACCCGUGUGCCGAUCUGAAGUUGUGGCCUUCGAGCGCUUCGAAGCAGCGUGUCAGGAGUUAGAGUAGAGGGAGAUUGCCAACGCUAUCAUCAACCCAAUCAAGUAACAAAUCUUGACCCGUUUAAUAAAAUAAUCCAAUAAGGAAAUUCCAUCAAACCGAAUGCUGUUCCAGCUG